UUCUAUAUAUAGAAUACUCUCUGGCCAUAAAUGGGGAGGGAAAGGGCAGGAGCUUUCAAGACAGAAAUUAUUUUUGUUUUCCUCAGCUAGGGCUUGGUGAGCUGGGUGGGGAAGAUCUCCUCUUCUCUUGGGCUAGUUAAAUAUCUCUCCAGGAGGAAGCAAAAAUGUCAUCGGUUUCAUUGCCCUUCUACCAGAAGAGACACAAACACUUUGACCAGUCAUAUCGAAAUAUUCAGACCAGGUAUCUUCUGGAAGAAUAUGCAGCCAAAAAGAGGGCUCAGUCUCAGUCUUCCUCUACCCAGAAGUCAUCUUCCCAGAAAGCUUCUAGCAAGACAUCAAUUGGAGGAACAACAUGCAGACUUUGUGAGAAAAGAUUGAAUACCUCCUCUGAAGAGGAAGAACUUGAAAGUAAAAGAAGAUCUCAAUCAUUGCUGUCUUCUUAUGGAGAAGCAAGGAGGCAGCGUUUUCUCAAUGAACUGAGCUUCAUAGAAGAAGAUGUGCGCCUGGCUCGGUCUCUUGCCAGAGAAAAGUUGGAUAAAUAUUCAAUUCAAGAGAUGGUGCAAGAUAAGAUGGCCUGGGAAAGGCAUGCAUUUGAGGAAAGGAUAAGUAGAGCUCCUGAGAUUCUGGUGCGGCUUAGGUCCCACACUGUCUGGGAGAAGAUGAAUGUGAAGCUUUGCUUCACUGUACAAGGAUUUCCUACUCCUGUGGUACAAUGGUAUAAGAAUGAUAGUUUGAUUUGCCAAGCAGGAGAGCCAGGAAAGUAUAGGAUUGAAAGCAAAUAUGGAGUGCAUACCCUGGAGAUAAAUAGAGCAGAUUUUGAUGACACUGCAACUUAUUCAGCUGUGGCAACCAAUGUCCAUGGGCAAGUCUCCACCAAUGCUGCUGUGGUUGUGAGGAGGUUCCGAGGAGAAGAAGAACCAUACCAUUCUGUGGGACUUCCCAUUGGGUUGCCUUUGUCAUCUAUAAUUCCUUACACCCAUUUUGAUGUUCAGUUUCUGGAGAAGUUUGGGGUCACCUUUAAAAGAGAAGGUGAAACUGUUACUCUCAAGUGCUCUCUUGUGGUUACUCCUGACCUGAAAAGACUCCAACCUCGAGUUGAAUGGUACAGAGAUAGUGAACUGCUGAAAGAAUCUAAGUGGACAAAAAUGUUCUUUGGAGAAGGACAGGCCUCACUGUCAUUUGGCCACCUGAAUAAAGAUGAUGAAGGCCUUUAUACUUUAAGGAUCAUUUCAAGGGGAGGCGUGACUGACCACAGUGCUUUUAUGUUUGUGAGAGAUGCUGAUCCAUUAGUUACAGGGGCCCCAGGAGCCCCAAUGGAUGUGAAGUGCCAUGAUGCUAAUAGGGAUUAUGUUAUUGUAACGUGGAAGCCACCAAAUACAGCUAGUGAGAGUCCAGUCAUUGGCUAUUUUAUUGAUAGAUGUGAAGUGGGAACUGAUAAUUGGAUUCAGUGCAAUGACUCGCCAGUGAAAAUCUGCAAAUAUCCCGUAAGUGGACUUUUUGAGGGAAGGUCCUACAUGUUCCGCGUAAGAGCAAUCAAUAAUGCUGGCAUUAGUAGGCCAUCUAGGGUUUCUGAGGCAGUUGCAGCCCUGGAUCCUGUUGACCUCAAGAGAUUACAAGCAAUUCAUUUGGAGGGAAACAGAGAAAUUGUCAUCUACCAGGAUGACCUUGAAGGCGAUGUUCAGAUUCCAGGACCUCCCACCAAUGUACAUGCUUCAGAAAUCAGCAAAACAUAUGUUGUGCUCAGCUGGGAUCCACCUGUUCCCCGUGGCAAAGAGCCAUUAAUGUAUUUCAUUGAGAAGUCUAUGGUAGGUAGUGGGAGCUGGCAACGGGUCAAUUCCCAGACAGCAGUGAGAUCCCCUCGCUAUGCUGUUUUUGAUCUCGCAGAAGGGAAACCAUAUGUGUUUCGAGUUUUGACGGCAAAUAAACAUGGCCUAAGUGACCCUUCAGAAAUUACUGCACCAAUUCAGGCACAGGAUGUGAUUGUUGCCCCUUCUGCUCCUGGUCGUGUGCUUGCUUCAAGGAAUACAAAAACAUCUGUUGUUGUUCAAUGGGAUAAACCCAAACAUGAAGAAGACCUUAUAGGCUACUAUAUUGACUGCUGUGUCGCAGGAUCAAACAAAUGGGAACCCUGUAAUCACAAGCCUAUUGAUUAUAACAGGUUUGUUGUUCAUGGUUUAACAACUGGAGAACAAUACAUCUUCCGUGUUAAAGCUGUUAAUGCUGUUGGGACUAGUGAAAACUCACAAGAGUCUGAUGUAAUAAAAGUCCAGGCUGCCCUCACUGCUCCGUCAUAUCCUUAUGGAAUAACUCUUCUCAACUGUGAUGGCCAUUCAAUGACUCUUGGUUGGAAGGUGCCAAAAUUCAGUGGAGGAUCACCAAUCCUUGGUUACUAUAUAGACAAACGUGAAGCACAUCAUCAAAAUUGGCAUGAAGUUAAUUCUUCUCCAAUCAAAGAAAGAAUCUUUACAGUGGAAAACUUGACAGAGCAAGCAUUUUAUGAAUUCAAAAUUGCUGCAACCAAUCUGGCUGGCAUAGGACAGUCAUCUGAUCCCAGUGAGCACUUUAAGUGUGAGGCUUGGACAAUGCCAGAGCCUGGUCCUGCAUAUGACUUGACAUUCUGUGAGGUCAGGGAUACAUCCCUCGUUAUAUUAUGGAAAGCACCUGUGUACAGUGGAAGUGGUCCUAUUACAGGGUACUUUGUGGAUUAUAAGGAAGAAGGUUCUGAAGAAUGGAUUACAGUCAAUGAGUCUACAACUAAAAAUCGUUACUUAAAGGUCACUGAUCUACAACAGGGUAAAACUUAUGUCUUCCAAGUCAGAGCGGUAAAUGCAAGUGGUGUUGGAAAGCCAUCUGACACCUCUGAAGCUGUACUUGUAGAAGCUAGACCAGGAACUAAAGAAAUAAGUGCUGGUGUGGAUGAAGAUGGUAACAUUUAUCUAAGUUUUGACUGUCCAGAGGUUACAGAUGCAUCUCACUUCACUUGGUGUAAAUCUUAUGAAGAGAUCAAUGAGCCAGAGAAGUUUAAUAUAGAAACAGAAGGAGACCACUCUAAACUAUACUUUAAAAAUCCAGAAAAAUCAGACAUCGGGACCUAUUCUGUAUCAGUUAGUGAUACUGAUGGCAUUUCAUCAAGUUUUGUAAUGGAUGAAGAAGAGCUUGAACGCCUGAUGGCACUCAGCAAUGAAAUAAAGAAUCCCACAAUUCCUUUGAAAUCAGAACUAGCUUAUGAGAUUUUUGAUAAGGGCCAGGUUCGUUUCUGGCUCCAGGCUGAGCACUUAUCACCGGAUGCCAGCUACAGAUUCAUUAUUAAUGACAGAGAAGUUUCUGACAGCGAGACUCACAGAAUUAAGUGUGAUAAAUCGACUGGCAUCAUUGAGAUGGUAAUGGAUCGAUUUACUAUUGAAAAUGAAGGCACCUACACUGUGCAGAUCCAUGAUGGAAAAGCCAAAAAUCAAUCUUCAUUAGUUCUUAUUGGAGAUGCAUUUAAGGCUGUCCUGGAAGAGGCUGAAUUCCAAAGAAAAGAAUUUCUCAGGAAACAAGGUCCUCAUUUUGCAGAGUAUUUACACUGGGAUGUAACAGAAGAAUGUGAAGUUCGACUGAAGUGUAAGGUGGCCAACACAAAGAAAGAAACAGUUUUCAAGUGGCUAAAGGAUGAUGUUCUUUAUGAAGUCGAAGCCUUACCUGAUCUGGAAAAAGGACUUUGUGAACUACUCAUACCAAAGUUGUCCAAGAAGGAUCAAGGUGAAUACAAGGCAACAUUGAAAGAUGAUAGAGGCCAAGAUGCAUCUGUCCUUGAAAUAGCUGGCAAAGUGUAUGAUGAUAUGAUCUUGGCAAUGAGUAGAGUCUGUGGCGCAUCUGCUUCUCCAUUAAAGAUCCUCUGUACUCCAGAAGGGAUAAGGCUGCAAUGUUUCAUGAAAUAUUUUACGGAGGAAAUGAAAGUGAACUGGUAUCACAAAGAUGCAAAGAUUUCUUCCAGUGAGCAUAUGAGAAUUGGUGGCAGUGAAGAGAUGGCCUGGAUGCAGAUCUGUGAGCCUACUGAAAAGGAUAAAGGGAAAUAUACAUUUGAGAUAUUUGAUGGCAAAGAUAACCAUCAAAGAACACUUGAUCUCUCUGGACAAGCUUUUGAUGAAGCAUUUGCAGAAUUCCAGCAACUCAAGGCCGCUGCAUUUGCAGAGAAAAAUCGUGGCAAGGUGAUUGGUGGGUUACCUGAUGUGGUAACUAUAAUGGAAGGCAAGACUCUGAAUUUGACUUGUACUGUAUUUGGAAAUCCUGACCCAGAAGUUGUUUGGUUCAAGAAUGACAAGGAUAUCAAACUCAAUGAACACUUUGUGGUCAAAGUGGAACAAUCCAAAUAUGUCAGCUUAUCCAUCAAAGGGGUGACCUCCGAGGAUUCAGGAAAAUACAGCAUCAAUGUUAAGAACAAAUAUGGUGGAGAAAAAAUAGAUGUCACUGUGAGCGUGUACAAACAUGGUGAACAGAUACCUGACGUUUCUCCUCCCCAGGCAGCUAAACCCAAGCUGAUACCAGCAUCCUCCUCCACUCUAGAGUAAUAAGAGAAACAUCUUCCUGAAUCUGGAGAAACAUUCAGAAGGAAAAAUGCCUUAUCUAAGUAGUAUAUACAUAAGUUGUAGUAGAGUGCUGUGUAGAUAGAGAAGUGAUUAAGGGUUAUGCUUUGAAGUGUGUUUUAGCUAAAAUUCUCUCUUUCUCUGGAGGAGAUCAGCCAACUGACAAAAGCAACAUAAUAAGAAGAGACAUGUACCUGACUCUGAAAGUCAUGUGGGAUGAUAAUUAGCUUUUCAUUAGUUACACUAGUGGAAAUCAGCAUCUAAGAGCACCAAUAGCAUGUUAUGGUUGUGUGGACACCCACAGUCCAUGCUGGUAGUGUUAUUGUUAGGUAGUCUCUAGUCUUCAGCAUUAUGUUUGCCAUUGAAAACACAGGUUACCUGGAUAUACCUUGUUUUUCUUGCUUUGGGCUAAUAAAGCUUUUAAAAGGCACCUUGUUGUGGGUCUCCCUGUACCAAAUCACACCUAACUACUUCUGUUUAUUCUCUUUGCUUGUUUAAUUAUGGCUUAUUGUGCAAUUUCACAGCUGGUAGCAUGCAGACAGUGCACUUACAAUCCAGAAAGCAAAUGAUAGUAAAUCACAUUUACUGUAUAGCACCUACAGAUAGUAUUUCACCCUUUAGGGCCUGGAAUCAGGCAGCUCAAACUGGAACAGGGGUUAUCCACAAAAUCAUAGUUUUGUAAGAAAACAACAGAUGUUGUUGGAUGGUACAGUGGAUAGAACAGUGGGCCUGGAUUCAGGAAGAACUGAGUUCAAAGCUAGUCUCAGACACACUUAUAAGCUCUGUGACCCUGGGCAAGUCAAAUUAACCCUAUUUACUCAGUUUCCUUAAAAUGAACUAGAGGGAGGCAGCUGUGUAGCUCAGUGGAUUGAGAGCCAAGCCUAGAGAUGGGAGGUCCUAGGUCCAAAUCUGACCUCAGACAGUGACCCUGGACAAGUCACUUGACCCCCAUUGCCUAGCCCUUACCAUUCUUCUGCCUUGGAGCCAAUACACAGUAUUGCUCCAAGACAGAAGGUAAGGGGUUAAAAAAAUGAACUAGAGAAGGGCAUGGCAAACCACUAUAGUAUAUUUGCCAAGAAAACCCCAGAUGGGGAUGUGAAGAGUCAGACAUGACUGAAACAACUGGAUGAUGACUACAACAAAUAUUAAUAUCAUCAUAGGCUUCAAGUAUUAAAAUUUUUUGCUAUGUUUAAUCUGGGGGGGGUAGAUGGUUGGAGUAUUGAACAUACUAAGUGAUCAUUCUAACAUUCUCUCUUGAAGAGAGGUUCCUAACCUGGGGUUCACAGACCACCAAUGAGUCCAUGGAUAGAUUUCAGAGGAUAUGUGAACAAAUAUGAAAAAGGUCUGUAUUUCAAUGAAAUUGAGCUCCUUUGUAAUUUUAUGUUUUAUUUUAUUCAUUGAAAAACAUUAGGCAUCAUCAGGCUGCCAAAAGGAUCCAUGACAUAAAAGUCAAGUCAAAAAGCAUUUGAGUUCCUACUAUGCACUAGGCACCAAGUUAAGUAUUGGGAAUAUAGACAAAGCCAGAAAAUCUUUACUCUCAAGGAUUUCAGAGUCUAAUGGAAAAAAAAAGGUCAAGAAUCCCUGUGAUCUGUGGCAAACAUAAAAACAACUAUACACACUCUCUCUGUCUCUUUCUGUCUCUCUGUCUCUGUCUCUGUCUGUCUCUGUCUCUCUGUCUCUGUCUCUCUGUCUCUCUGUUUCUCUCUUUGUCUCUCUCUCUCUCUCUCUCUCUCUCUCUCUCUCUCUCUCUCUCUCUCUUUCUCUUUCUCUCUCUCUCUCUAGUUAAGAAAUUGACAAGAAGCUCAGUUCAUUUGAAAUGACCACCAUUGAGGAGCUAUUGAAGGAAUUCAUUCUCCAAGCUUCUUAAGUGAAUUUUUUGAAGAAAAGGAUAUCUCUUAAGAUACAAAAGUGUCUUGUAUUUAAAUGGAAAUUUCCCAGUAUACCUGCUGCUUUUAAAAUACCAGCUAUGCUAAAGACUAGGAAUAUUUCAUACAGCUAUAACUUUAAAUGCAAUAAAAACCCUGUAACUUAUCAUAGUCCUCUCAGUUUUCUUCAGGUAUUAUUUACCAACACUAAGGUCUGAAUCAGUUUUUAAUAGUUCCAGGAUUCCAUUAUAUGUAAAGCAAAGAUCAGCGAAAAUUUCAUAUUCCUCCUUUUUUUAAAUGCAUGGGUUGUUUUCAGCUGAGCUAUCACUGUUCUUUAUUAUUUUCAUUGUAUAGCUUCAUUUUGUUAUGUUUUGGAUCUUGCAUAUCACUUUAAAUAAUGUGUAGUUGGCCAGAUUACUACUGAGACAUUAAUAUUAAAGAAUUAUCAAAUAGGAAAAGAAUCAAGGACAGAGGAAAAUAUCUGGUCGGUUCAUUCACUGAAUUGGGCAAUGCUUCACUUGAAAUAUUUCCAAGGACAAAUGGCUAGUCUUUUCUUACAUAAUGAGCAUCAACAGGUAUAGUAUAAAAGGAUAUUGGGCUGCAGUCAGGAGGAUCUAGUCCAAUUUUGCCACUAUUUAACAAUGUUACUCUGGGUAAGACCAACUAACUUCUCUGAACUAGUCUUCUUAUCUGUAAGUGGGGAUGAAUUGGCAAUAAAAAGAGAUGAUAAUAUUUGUAUUGUCUUCAUUAUAGGGCUAUUGGGAAAUUAUACAAGAAUGUGAAAGCCCUUUGAAAAUUAUUGACUGUGCAAUUUUAAGUUAUUGCUAUUUACAAGUAAUAAGCAGACCAAUAAAUGUACCAGGACACUACCAGUA